GUGAAGAGCGCCCUCAACAUCGGAAACUGAAUCACAAGUUGUUGAUUAUAAAGAGCUGGCCAUGACAAAUGAAAUGAAAAAGUAACUGCUAAUUAUAAGUUUUUGGUGUUUUAACUUUUCAGCAUGUCAAAAGACCAAAUACAGACUGAAGAUCUGAAAGCAUUUGAGAGAAGGCUAACAGAAUAUAUUACACAUCUUGGACCAUCAACAAGAAAAUGGCGAGUUAUAUUAGUAGUAGCAACAGUAUGCACAGCUGUUGGUGCAUGGCAGUGGCUAAAAGAUGAGACUACUCGCCAGGUGUCUUUUGUGCAAUCCCUACAAAAUCAUCCGUUCUUCACAAUCAGUUGCAUAAUUUUUAUAAUGCUAUUCUUUUUCGGGAUUCAUAAACGAGUAGUUGCACCAUCGAUUAUAACAGCAAGAUGUCGUCUAGUUCUCGGAGAUUUCACAAUGUCAUGUGACGAUACUGGAAAAUUAAUUCUAAAGCCAAAUAGACCAACAACAUGACACAGGCAGGAUUAUUUAUAGACAUUGGACAAUAACAGUAUUUAUCAACUCAAUAUGUUUAAAUAAACACCUGAUGAACAGAUUGCUUCCUGAAUACUAUAGCACUGUAUAAUUUGACCUGCAAAAAAUUCCAGCAGCUUGACCUUUGAACUGCGGAGUUAUUCUUGCGGAAUAUAAUCUUCCUGCAGUGCAUACUGUGUGUUUCCUAGCAAUAUGACUAAAGGAUUUAAGUGUGUUCAUCAGAUUGGAUGGAAAUAGAGAACUAAAUCAUAGAAUGUGGUUAACGAACCAAUCAUAUUAUUUCUUUGAACUGUAUGAGGUCGAUGACAUGUACAGUCAACCAUUGAUGAACUUUGACCUGGAUGGCAAACGUAACUAUGGUAUUUGAAUAAUGCUGCUCAAUGCAAAUUAUAUGUAAAUCAACACUCCUAUAGAUUAUUGUGAUCAAAUUUCCUGUUAGUAUUAUAUAGUAGUAGACACCCCUGUCUGCAGCUACCUAAACAUAGUUCUCUAAUGACCUGAAAUGCAUGCAUGAUUUUCUAUGUACUUUAUUAUCCAUGCUGCAGCAUAUAUUUUUACUUUUAAUCUGAUCAAAUUUGAAAGUAAUAACAAUUUAGGAUAACCUACUUAUAACCAGGUAAACAAUUACUUGAGGAAAAUCAUCAUUUGUACCUUAAUACAUGUAUUUUGAAAUGAUUUUGAUUAUGAAGACAAUAAGUACAAUAGUGUUUGUGUGUAAAUAUUGUACAGUUUACAAAAGAGAAUGUUUUAAAUACUCGUAAUAAAUACUCUCAAUAAUCUAAA